CCUGGCUCACGUUCGGGAGGCAGCACCGUUCUAAAACAAUGCAAUCACUUUUCACCCGAUUAAAAUUUCUCCCACCGGGGUAACCCGAGUCAGAUAAACGAACCCGCUUGGUCUUGCUGCGUUUACUUAAUUGGCCGACGGACUUCACUGGCCCCCUUAAUCUGGGCUUUUCUGCCACCGUGUGGUUGCGAAUGGGAACUACAUUGUGCUCUCGGUAUCAAAAUAAUAAACCUAUCAUAAUAAAUCUCAUGAAUAUUGUGGAAAAUAGUGUAAAUACAUAUACUGCUAUUCAAAUGGAUAGGACUACUGUGCAUUCACAGUGAAUAAAUACAAUGGACUGGCUGGAUUCAAGAACAACUACACAGAAUUUGAGGCGGCUCCUCAGGUUUAAGACACACGCAUGCGCAUUGAGUUUCAUCCCAGACAGCAGUAGAAUAUCAUGGUUUGUGCAAUACUGGAUCUUACAUUUCACUGAUCUUAGAAACCGCCAUAAAAAAUAAAAUGAAACGCAGCCUAACGUGAUCAUUGACAGCUGCUUUGAAGGAAACAAAUAAAAAAAUGCUUUCAGUGAAAUGUAGACUAAACUGACAACGGAGUGAAAAGUAGAAAUCCCAACUAGCAAGCAAGUCACAGCAAAGAAGAAUUGAGUGUGUGCGCGUUCACGCGAAGGGGGUGUAUGGAGUUGAGGGUCGCUAUGCCUAUGCUCUCUUCUCAGCAGUCAGCCAGCAGGGCAGACCGGAGCAAGUGGAGAAGGAGCUGGUCACAGUGUCUGCCCUAGUCAAGGACCCCAAGCUAUCUGGCAUCAUGGAGAAUCACCAUGUUAAACGCGGUAUCAAAGAGCACACCUUCACUGAUGUCAUGACCAUCAUCAACCUCCCCAGUGGGUAGCCAGCCUUAUGUCACCUAUCUCGACAGACAGCAAGCUGGAGAGGUUCCAACCAACUCAAUGCACCAUGUACACGUCGAUCAGGAGCUCCACCGGAUGUUAUGGCUGAUAAUGACCGUCUGACGCUGAUCUCUGACAUCAUCUCAGCCUUCAGCAAGAUGAUGAGUGCUCACCGUGAAGAGGUCCUCUGUACUGUCUCCACCACACAGCCUCUGGAUGCUGCCAACCUCAAAGACCUGAGAGUUGCUCUGAAUGGCUUCCUGGCCAAAGGAGAGAUGCUCAAGCUGGAGACUAAGUCUGACCCCUCCAUCCUGGGUGGAAUGACAGUCAGCAUCAGGGACAAGUAUGUGUACAUGUCUACCGAGACUAAGAUCCAGAAACUGACCAAGAUCAGUAGGGAGAAUUGGCAUGGCUUGUGUCACAAAUGGCACCCUUUUCCCCAUGUAGUGCACUACUUUUGACCAGGGCCCAUACACCAGGGCCCUUUGUAGGGCAGGUAGCCUAGCGGUUAAGAGCGUUGGGCCAAUAACGGAAAGGUCGCUGGUUCGAAUACCAGAGACAAAUAGGUGACCAAUCUGUCAAUGUGCCCUUAAGCAAUGGACGUAACCCUAAUUGCACCUGUAAGUCGCUCUAGAUAAGAGUGUCUGCUAAAUGACCAAAAUGUAAAUGUCUGAGACCAGGCUGAGGGAAUAGGGUGCCAUUUGGGAUUUUUUUUUUAAAUGUAUGCAUAAUCAACUGGAGCUAAGCCCUAUGGACUCAUUAGGGAAUGAAUGGGUAGUGGAACAAUGUUAAUGGGAAAUGCUUAUGUACAGUGCAUUCGGAAAGUAUUCAGACCCCUUGACUUUUUCCAAAUUUUGUU